AUGUCGACGCAGUUCACCCUUGAAGUCAACGCACUAUAUAUUCUUCUGUCUGAUCGUGGCGAAAAUAUUUACACAUUCCACUGGCGCCUCUACCUACACCAGGCUACGAAUUCGGGCUACAUCUAUCACCUGAUAAAUGAGACCAAUUCGACUAGCUGGCACUUCGACUCUCAACCUAGCGAAAACGUCAUCGCUUCUCAGGGACUGCUUGUGGCUCUCAAGAUAGGAGUGUUAGACCCUAUACUCCACCAGUCUUUACGUGAUCGUCUUCAGGAAACCCCAAUCGCUUAUUCAACCCGAUUCCACGAAAGCAUCACCUGCCGAGUGUGGCUCAAACAGGCACUCUUUGCGUUAGAUGACGAAGGCUAUAUCAAGCUCACUCACCCCGUGAACGAUAUCGAAGCUGAGGCUAUAGACUUCGCAAUCAAAAACAAAAUCAAUGGUCAGAAGACGAUUUCUCAAAGUGCCGGAAGCCAGGCUUGA